AUGGAAUUAAAUGUUACCUAUAUAACUUUUGAUGGGCAUGUGGAAAUUAACAAAUAAAAAUAUGUUUAUUUUUGUAUUAUGUUCACAUUAUAUAUUCUAAUAACUUGCAGUAACUCUAUUAUUAUAUACCUCAUUUUGAUUCAUAAAAAUCUCCACGAACCUAUGUACAUUUUUAUUGCAGCAUUGCUACUGAACGUUGUUAUUUACAGCACAACUAUUUACCCCAAACUCCUGAUUGACUUUUUAUCUGAAAAACAAAUCAUAUCAUAUUCAGCAUGUCUCUUUCAGUUUUUCAUAAUUUAUUCUCUAGGUUGUUCUGAGUUCUUUCUCUUGGCAGCCAUGGCCUAUGACAGAUAUCCGGCUAUAUGUAAACCUCUACAAUAUCCAACCAUCAUGAGAAAAAGCACUGUGAGUAUUUCCUUGGUCAUAGCUUGGCUUGUACCUGCUUCUAAUAUUGCAGUUCAAGCAAUAGGAAUGGCUAAAAGUAAACUGUGUUCCUUUCAUUUAAAAUCAAUAUUUUGUAACAAUACAAUUUACACUCUUCAGUGUGUAAGAUCAAGAGUCGAUGCCAGUGCAGGACGUGCUAUACUCCUGCAAGAGGAUGAGUGUUGA